ACCCCGAUAUAUCUGUCUCUAGGGUUUCUCCUCUCAUCGUUUCCUCCUCCGCAAAAAUGGCGACGCGAACCCUAACCCUAACCCUAAUCUCCAAGCUCUCCUCCUCACUCCACCGCCUCUCCUCCCCGCUCCCUUCCUCCUCCCCUCUCCUCCGCCUCCGCCCCCUCCUCGCCGCCGACCCCCUCCUCCACCGCCGCCGCCUCCUCCCCGAUCCCGCCGCCGCGCCCCGGAGCUUCUCGACCCAGCCCACCACCUCCUCGCUCCGCGACUCCUCCCCCAACUGGAGCAACCGCCCCCCGAAGGAGACGAUCCUGCUCGACGGGUGCGACUUCGAGCAUUGGCUCGUCGUCAUGGAGCCACCCCCCGGCCCCGGGGGCAACCCCGAUGUCCCCCGCGACGAGAUCAUCGAUAGCUACAUCAAAACCCUCGCCAUGGUCGUGGGGAGCGAGGAAGAAGCAAGGCAGAAGAUAUACUCUGUGUCAACAAGACACUACUUUGCUUUUGGGUGCUUAGUCUCUGAGGAGCUUUCCUACAAGAUCAAAGAGCUGCCGAAGGUGCGCUGGGUCCUUCCUGAUUCGUACUUGGAUGUCAAGAAUAAGGAUUACGGAGGGGAACCUUUCAUUGAUGGUCAAGCCGUUCCUUAUGACCCCAAGUACCAUGAGGAAUGGGUCCGGAACAAUGCCCGUGCGAAUGAGAGGUCCAGGCGUAAUACUGACCGCCCGCGCAACUUUGACAGGUCGAGGAACUUCGAGAGGAGGCGGGAAAACAUGCAGAACUUCCAGAAUCGUGACGUACCUCCUCCCAUGCCCCCUCGUGAUGGCCCCCCUAUGCCAAAUACACAGAACACCAUGCCUCCUCCGCCACCCAACCGCGACUUCAACGCCAUGCCACCCCCUCCGCCGCCCAACCGCGACUUCAACGCCAUGCCGCCCCCUCCGCCGCCCAACCGCGACUUCAACGCCAUGCCGCCCCCUCCGCCGCCGAACAUGCCUAACCAAAAUGGUUAUCAAGGCAGCAGUCCGGGCUAUCAAGCCGGCACGCCUUCUGGCCCCCCUUAUCAAGGGGGCGGCCCUGGUUAUCAAGGGAGCGGCCCUGGUUACCAAGGGGGUGGCCCCGGUUACCAAGGGAACAACCCUGGUUAUGAAGGAGGCGGCCCUGGUUUCCAACGAAACAACCCUGGUUAUCAGGGAGGCCGCCCUGGUUUCCAAGGUGGCAACCCUAAUCAUCAGGGAGGCGGACCUGGUUUCCAAGGUGGCAACCCUAAUUAUCAGGGAGGCGGCCCUGGUUUCCAAGGUGGCAACCCUAGUUAUCAGGGAGGCGGACCUGGUUUCCAAGGUGGCAACCCUGGUUAUCAACCAGGUAAUCCACCUUAUCAAGGAGGCGGCCCAGGUUAUCAGGGCGGCGGGCCUAGCUAUCAACAGGGAGGUCCCGGCUAUGCUGGAGGGCCACCUGGUUUCCAGGGAAGAGAUGUGCCCGGAAGGGAUGGCCAGUAGAAAAGCUGGUGUUAGAGAGCUUGUCUAGAGCUGAAGCAAAUAAUACAUAUGUCAACUCUCUGUUGUGGGACUUUGAGGAAGCCUCGAACUUAACCCUAGAUAAUUGGUCUUGUUAUCUGAACUUAUUAUUAGUCGCCUCGUGCAUGUGUAAGUGAAAGUGUCUCCAGUUUCAUUUCCUUUUGUCUUUUUUUUUUUAAAAAAUUAACUGGUUUUUUUUCUUCUAGUGGUGGGUGUUUUUGGACAAUGCAGCACCUUUCUUCGAUUCUGCGUCUCGUUAUAUUUUCAGUAGUAAAUAACUAGCUUGGUGGUUUGAUUGAAUUCUGAUUCAACAACAUUGAAACUUAAAUAUGAUAUGCUGGUUUUCUUA